AUGUCUCAACCGUCGCUCAGCACGUUGCCGCCCAAAAUCAAUACCCCCGUGGCGUGCGCUGUCCCGCCGAUUUUCACUUCAGUCUCUCAGAAGGCACCCCCAUUUACAUUCAUUUUCCUACCCGUUAACGCGCAACCAGUGCUCCGGGCGGUCAAAAUAGAUCGUUCGGGGUGCCCUGGGAUCUGUGGCCCGCAGGCCGCGACCACAUCAACCCUGUCUUUCUCAAGCUUCCGGAAUUCAUUCACUUCCAAUGUCAAUUACCUGAAAAGAAGCUCAGCGGAGGCGUUGCGCAGAUUCAGCUCGGGGGAUCUACAGUCCGAGUGCGAUGAGGGCGAGGUGGACCCUUACACCGGCCAGCCGGCGACCACCAGCCAACCCAAGCCGCAGAGUCAGAGGCCGACGUCCCAGGUUACGGGAGGCAGUAUCGGCAGCGCAUCCACAUCGUCGGUCCCGCCGGCACCCAGCGCAAGCAGUGGAGUGGGAAGCGACUUGUCGUUGAACCUUCGUGGUGGCUCCCGAGGAACGUCGGCGCCGUCCUCGCCGGCCAAGUCGCGGGAAUCGCUGCUACAGCGAGUGCAGUCGCUUACAGGCGCCGCUCGGGACCAGGGAGCUAAUUUAUUAGGAAGCGUCACAUCAGUGGCAUCGGUUGGACGGGGCUACAAUCGAGACCGUUGCGUGACGCUGCUGGUGGUAGACGACCAGAACACCGACUGGUCCAAGUACUUCCGUGGUCGUCGACUGCCCGGCGAGUGGGACAUCCGAGUUGAACAGGCCGAAUUUAAGGAGCUGUCGGUGACGGCGAGCGGCGAGGGCUCUAAUGUGUCGAUGUCGGUCUACCGCAGCGGAACUAAAGUUACCCGUUGCUUCAAACCUGACUUCGUUCUGGUGCGGCAGAAUGUACGGGACGCUGGGGCUGACCACCGCGCCCUUCUCCUCGGUCUCAAAUUUGGUGGAGUGCCUUCCAUUAAUAGCCUCAACUCCAUCUACCACUUCCAGGAUCGACCGUGGGUGUUCGGACAUUUACUUCAACUUCAGCGACGUCUCGGCAGGGAGAACUUCCCACUCAUCGAGCAAACCUACUACCACAACUACACAGACAUGGUAAUGGCACCGAAGUUCCCUGUAGUGAUCAAGAUCGGCCACGCUCACAGCGGCGUGGCCAAGGUGAAAGUGGACUCUUUGGCCGACUUCCAGGAUAUUGCAGGCGUGGUAGCUAUGCUGGGAACAUAUAGUACUGUAGAGCCAUUCAUCGAUGCUAAGUACGACAUUCAUAUUCAAAAAAUUGGUACCAACUACAAAGCCUUCAUGCGCAAAUCUAUAUCCGGCAAUUGGAAAACUAAUCAAGGCUCCGCAAUGUUAGAAGCUAUUGGCAUGAACGAUAGAUACAAGAUGUGGAUCGAUGAGGUGAGCGAGAUAUUCGGAGGCCUAGAAGUAUGUGCGCUUGAACUGGUGGUGGGCAAGGAUGGUCGAGAGCACAUCAUAGAGCUCAACGACUCCGCCACGUCGUUCAUGGGUGACACGCAAGAGGAGGAUCGACGCCAUCUUGCGGAACUUGUCUUCCAACGUAUGCAGUCCGUUUGCCGGCCUGGGUUAACUAAGACUACUUCCCGGAGCUCAGUAGCGGGUAGCGGCGCGGCGUCGCCCGAAGAACGCUCAAUUGCUUCAGGACCUCCCAGUGUACCACCACCCGUGCCGCUCGCCACGGCUGCCAGCAUCGACCGACCACUGCCGCCCAUCCCGGCCGAACCCUCGCAACCACCGCCACCACCGUUAGCUCGCCGUGACUCGCAAGCAUCUCAAUCAUCGACCGUGUCUUCGGCAUCAGCUGCGCCCAGCACGGCGAGCACCUCGGCGCUCGCCACCGCGCCCUCCGCCGCCAGCACCGCUCGCAGUGGCUUCGCGCGGCAGGGCUCGCUCAGCGCUACUCUCACAGAAGAUGCAGAGGACACCAUGAAGAACCUCCGCAAAACCUUCGCGGGAAUCUUUGGGGACAUGUAACACGAUCCCAAUAUCGAAAACCAACCUUAAAAGGGGUUUAUUCGUAUAGCGCUUCAAACAAACGUAUAGUUUAGCUCUCAUAUUUUGAACGCUAACCAAUUAAACUCAAUAAAAAUUGUAGAUUCGUUCUAGAUGCCUGUGGUCUUCCAGAUUUCCGUUAAAAUAUUCAGAUUACGCGGUUUCAAAAAUUUACAUGUAAAUGUAAAAGUAGUUAUUUUUACGGAUAUCUGAAAACUAUACAGACUUAGAUUUUAGUUUUAGUACGUGUCUACAAAAUUACGUCGAGUUUAACUAGUCAAUAUUCAAAUGAGAACCAACCUACGUUUGUAUGGAGCAGGUGACGGAGAGACCACCAUUAACACCUUUGAGGACCACAUCUUUACGAUGUUUGUUGUGAACAGUCGAUAGGAAUCUAGUACUGAGUCAGAUAAAGUAGUUUUUCAAUUUGUUAACAACUGAAGCCCUACCUAUUAUUAUCAUCGCACAGAUAAAUAUUCAAAAAAUGUUGAAUGAAUAUUGACUGUGAACUGGCAAGUUUAUAUUAUUUCGUACUCCACCGUGUCAAAGUCCACGUAUCACGACAGGAACUUGGAACAUUUGAAAAAGCAUGCAUACAAGCAAGGCUUUACCUACACUGGGAGGAGUAGGUAUAAAAUCACCAUACUGAAGAAGGAAACAGUUUUUUCUACAAAGUUGUCAAAUUGAGAUAAUAUAUUUGCCAGUUCACACUUGAUAUAGCAGUCGAAUCAACCUAAAUAAUAAAAUCAACAGUGAAGAAAUCAUAAACAGGACAAGAUCCAUGAGUUUUGAGAACAAAAGAAGCUGUUGGUCUUCUGAUAAGACUCCAUUCGAAAUAACAAUGCGUAAUGUAGGAAAUUGAUGUGAGCCUGGUCUUAUCUGACUUACAGCCGUGUCCCACUAGGCUGGGCUUAUCUUCGGUUGUCGUGACAGCAUACUUACAGAAGGUAACUUGAAGGUACCUUUGUAUUCGAUAUCUUAUACAAUAGGUAACAUUGAACAUCGUAUCUAUCUAUACGAAAUUGUUUUAGCAACAUCAAAGUUGUUACAAAAUAUCUUGGUUGUGUUUGGCUAUAAAUAUAUAAAACUAUUCAACGUAUGAAAAUGAAAGUGUUUAUCGGGUGUACCAUAAGGCAUAAAAAAUUCAAAAAUAAAUCUUAACGAAAACAUCGAAUAAUUGAAAGCAAAAUCACUAUUGGCAUAAGGCACUGAACUGCAAUGCCCAAAAUCAAGAGUCUAAUGGAGAGGUAACUUCGUUUUAAAAUAUCAGGUUUGACUCUACCAAACAUAGCUACGAAAUUUAAAAUCCAGGGCGGUACAAACUUCAAGUAAGUAGAAUUUCUGAUUCCCAUCACAUCAAAAUGUACUUUAUCGCUAGAGAUAUUCGGGUAGAUCGUCAUUAGUUUAUCAUUUAUUUGUUUUUACAAUUUCACGACCACAAAUUAACGAAAAUCAGUUUCGACGUUAUAUAGCGUAGAAUUACAAAAAAAAAAAAAACAGAAUGUGUAUGCAUAGUCUUAAUGUAAUAUAACGAUAGAUUUUUUACAAUAAGUUUAAUAAAGUACGAAUCAACUGAGCUACAUUGUGAUCGAAUCCGUUCGAAGCGCGGCGCAUAUUAGCGUCUCGUCUAACACUAGAAGUAUAGAAAUCUUCCACUGUAGCAAUCUUUUAUCUUUUUGGGUAGUUCUUAUUUUCUACUACAUUUUAUUUCAUAUUGCAAGUUUUCUGUCUUGCAUCAUUUAAGCUGCUAUGGCCUUUGAUUCCUCUAAUGGUAGAAAGUACUACAAAUCGGCAGCUUCACGGAAAUUUAAAUCUUAAUUAUUUGUUAGAAUACAGACUUUAUUACUUUAAUAACAAAACUUAAUUCUGAAUUGAGAUAAUUGUUUAAAAAUUUAAAGUUUUAGGUAAAUAAAUAAGUAUAUUUCAAUGUAUUUUUUAGAAAAAUCAUUAUGUUCAAGCUAUCAAAAAUUCUUUAUUCUAUCAAUAUUAUGAAAUCAAAAUGUUUAUCUUGUUACUCCCUUUUACUCUUAACUUUUAAACUGCGAUAAAAGUUAACCGAAGCCUAAAUCUGCCUUUAUUACUCUAUAUGUAUGUAUAGAUUCAAAAAUAUUGAAACUUCAUUCUUCAAAUGUUGAAACCCGAUUCUGAGUUACCUUGUACGCUGACUCUCUAGCUAAAAUCCUGAACAUUAGGUCAUAAAUUAGAAAUAUUUAUGGAGGAGGGAUUAUCACUUCAUUCUUGCCAGCUUCGUGAUGCUUAAUCGCAAGUAAAAGGAAAAUUUCUAUAUGAGGAAAAACUUUAAAAAAUUUAGAUUCCUGGUGUGGUUGUUGGAAACGGGGUGCAAGCCGUUGAAGCAAUGCUAUUUAAGACAAUAUUGUUGAAUGCAAAAAAUAUUCCACAUUUUAUAUAUCUUAUUACUAGUUGUAUCUCGUAGUUAUAAGAUUAGUAUUGUUGUAUUUGUGUGUUUCUCACGCAAUGUCUUUAUACCUAUCAUGCUUAGUCAUUUUCGUAACGUUGAUGCAUUGUUUGAUCAAUGACUGUAACCGUAAAGAUUAUUUAGAUAUCGUUUAGUAUUUUAGUUUUGAAGUCGUAUUUAUUUUUAGUUUUUAAGAAAAAUCUUAACUUUACGAACUUACAAAGUUCUUUCGGAGUAGAAAAUUGACUGUGUAAAUUCAUAUCAAGAUCAGAUCUCCGUACUUAACCAAAUUCUUGCAUGGCGCCUUUUCUUCUUACCUAUUCUAAACCUCAAAAAUAAACUUCGUACUUAGUACUAACCAUAUUAUGAUCAUUAUAAACAUAGGUACAUAAUUAUAUAAAUAUAACUUUGCAUUUAAUUUUAUUUAAAUAACUUGCAUUGUGCAGGUGGAAUUUUUAUUGUCAUAUUGAUGCGUAUGCCUUAUUGUUUUCAUCACACGUUACUGUUUAACUACAACGAAAAUUAUAUGAAAUAUAUACGAUGCUGAGUACCAAUAAAGUAAACACCCAUGAAAGAGUUACUCAAUAGUUAACUCAAGAUUUUUUUAUUACUUAUAAGCCAUGUCAGCAAGCUAAUCUAAAUAGUCAUCUUAUAGGUAGAUGUCUUGUACUACUGAGGCCUUGGCAUUGUAAUUACAUCCUAAACUAAAUAUUCUUAGAUUAUAUUUAUACAUGCACAUUGUAGCUAAUUUUUGACACGGUACCUUUAGCUAAUAUUAAUAAGUGUCUACGAAAUGCGCAAUUAGAUGACUAAUAACAUAAUAAAUAUACCUAUAAUCUAAAACGCGGUACCUUAACAUGAUUGUAAUGUCGUUGAAUUUUGUAAGGAGUCGAUAAUAUUAAUUUUAUAUUAGACUGUUCUGCGUUUAUUAAUAAUAAGGUAAAUAAUAUAAACACUAAAUAUAAAGCUGUUGUUGUUGUUGCUAAACAAGUUAUACAUUGUGUACCUACUCAUAUGGAAAAUGAUCAAGAUUUGUUGCGAUUUUAAAUAUACCUCUAUGAUUGUGAAGUAUAUCUGAAUAAUAAUUAUCGCAACGAUCUUGAGUUAGAUUAAAGAGACAUGGAUUGCCACAAUUUGGUUUUAGCCGUGUAUUAACUAAUUAUAAUAUAAUAUGUUUUUAUAUGUUAUGAGAAAAAAUAAGCUAGAUGAAUAUAUUAUGAAACAACUGUAUUGGAUUGAGGUGGCUUAACUAUUAUCACCGAUCUAUUUAAAACAGUUGACAUGAUCAUCCUAAAGAAGAUCAUAAAAGUCUUAAAAUUGGAAAUAUUAAUGAAAUAUUGUGUUAGAUUUAUUGCUCAUGUUUGGUCGUAUGUACAUUGCAACUCUGUGAAAUUGGGCAAGAAACAUACUGCCUCAGAAAUGAUGAAAAUUGACGUGGAACUAGCUCGUAACUGUGGUUUAAACUUCAGUUUUUAAAACACGGCCUUGUUUAGUUUUCAUUAGUUACAUUUUUUUUUCUUGAGAAAUUCUUGAGAAAAAUUAUUACGUGAUUUAGAGAUCUCUAAAUCGCAUAUUAAUAAUAAUAACACAAUACGUUCUAAAGAAAAAAAUUGUAAUGAAUGAAAACUGUGUUUUACGAAAUACAGCAAUAAAAAUUUAGUCUGAUAACAAAGUCUAACAAAAACACGUGGCAUCCAUGUCUAUACGAAAGUAAUAAUGUAAUGGAAUUUGAAUGCAUGUUAAUCUACUAAUAAAUAUAUAUUAAAUAAAUACCUCUUUUGGUAAGUCAGUAAU